AUGGCUCCCCCGCCCAUGAUCACCAAUGGUUUACCGGAAUGGUCGCUGCCAUGCCUACCAACACUGCAAGUUCCUCACGUCGCUUUCGGCCAGGACCCAGGCGGCCAGGUCGUCCCAUACAGCUACGGUCAGACCUUGACGCAUAGGCUCCCCUGCCGCAAGCUUGACGCCCAAGGACGCCACACCACAGACCUCAGUUGCGGCCUACACAUGUGGCUCCCCAGCGGCAUCCUCGAGGGCGACGCCUGGAUAAGCCUGUGCUACCCCGACGGCACACCGAACCCCCGGGGCAUGGAGAUUGUGCACCGCUACAGGCCCAACUACACCGCAGGGCCUCAGCCCUUGGCCUCCUCUCCUCAGCACUGGGAUAAUAGCACUGCCGGCAACCACUACUUGCCCCCGCCGCCGUUUGCCUCUGGCCCUCCCUUCUACAACCUCAUGUCACCCCAGGUGGUCAACGUUCGGGUGGUUCCAUGUCAGACUCGAUCUCGUCGGCGGGAACGUCACGCUGCUGCACCGGCACCGUGGUAUGGCGAAAACGCCAAUGGCAACGAGCUUCCUUCAUCCGAUCACCAGAGCAAUAUGGAUCACCAGCCCGGCUCACAUCAGAGUCGAACUCCUCCUCUCAAGCCUCGUCCCAGGGUCAGACUGCCAGGCCAGUACUUCGCGGAUGAUGAAGACAAGACUACCUCGGGCGACAUUGAAAAUGUGUCUGACGUGUCGGAAUGCGAAGAUCGCUCUGCCUCCUGCGAUCUUGAAAAACAUUCAACUUGGUCCACCAUCGCGGAAUACACAUCUCUACCUCCAGAUCCGGAGUCAGUGGCCGAGGACAACAUGUCUCAAGGCGAAGCUCCCGACAAAUAUUCUUCUGUUGUAUAUCUAACGCCCAAUCGACCAUUCGUGGAUGAUGGCACCCGACCGCGCCCUUUGGUUCGCUCCAGUUCUGCCGACUUUUCUUCCAGACUCGAUCCUCAAUCUCUUCGCACGAGACACUGUAUUUCAGCGCCUUCGUCUUGUCAUGCUGACGAGGAAAUACCCAAGGUUGAAGAAUCGGAUGAGACCAAGCCUCGCCUCGUCUCUCUAAUCCACAAGAAGCCCCCACCCCCCAUUCAGCGCUCGCCUCCUCUCGGCUCUGACGGUACCUCUGCCGCACAGACUACUGAUAGCACGGCCUGCUGUCUCUACAACUCAUCGUCUGCGGACUGCACUUCAGACAUGGACGAAGACCGUCAACCACAGACGGUGCGAGCAAGUACCGUCCCGGAAAUUCCACUCCCGUCUGCGCGCUCCUCUCCGUCUGCGCCCACCUUCUCCUGGGUUGCGCAGGCCACGGACGAUGAACAUACCGCCAGCCUAGCCAAGGCGUCCAUCACAAGUCUUAUCUUGAACGAUGAAGACUUUCCUGCCUUGCCUGCCGUUGGCAGCGUCAAGCCCCAGAAAAAAGACAAGCCCUCCCCGGCCAGCCGCGGCUCGUCUGAGAGUAAGGGGAAGAAGCGGUCCCACGUCAACUAA